AUGUCGAUUCCUCCGACCAACCCCGAGGAAGAUACUCCCGAUACCCGACAGGAAGAUCCGGAAGAGGAUAUCUACAUCAACCCUGACGACUGUAUAGACCUAGGGGAGGGAGUAGAUGAUUCGGCAGAGGUCGCGGCGGACGUGAGAGCUGGUGUGGCCACCGACCUGUUGGAGGCUGCUGAUGAGGAAGAGGAACAGGACAACUGCUCCAUCACAUACCCCUUCACUGACGCUGCCUUGUGUCUGGCAGCCAACCCUAAGGACCAUACACUGGUGGCGGGUCUUCAAAAUGAUACUGCUGAGCUACUACGUAUAAGGCCGGGUUCGGUGGAACCUCUGAGAAUUCUCAAGGGUCACACCGACAGUGUAGUGUCAGUCGCCUUCAGCUCUGAUGGAGAGCUCCUGGCUACUGGCAGUUAUGAUGGCACUGUUAGGGUAUGGGAGAUGGUCAAGCUGAUGGCUGAUACCGGGGAUUGUACCACUCCUAUGCUCACCCUGGAGGGCCCUGGUGAAGGUGUCGAGUGGGUUUCAUGGCAUCCCAAGGGGCACGCUGUGUGCGCUGGUAGCCAAGACGGGACGGCCUGGAUGUGGUGGGCAGGAAAGUCGAGUGGAGGCGGCAACGUUAUGCAGGUCUUUGCUGGGGCCCAUGGAGCUUCUGUGAACUGUGGAAGCUUUUCGGUGGAUGGUAAGGCUGUGGUGACGGCAAGCUUGGAUGGAGUAGUGGCAGUGUGGAACCCCAGGACCGGCGCGUCUGCUGUGUCUUGUCGCACUAACGAGGAGGAGCUACAGCGGAGCCAGCGCCAGAGACAGCAGGACGGGGACACAGAUAUGGGGGAAGAGAUCCCAGAGGGCGGUAUCGUCUCGAUGGCGCUGAUGCCUCCUGAGGCCGGCAGUAGCCCAGUAGCGGUCGUCGGUACGAUCGAUGGAGAUGUCAAGUUGGUGCAGUUGGAGACAGGGAGGCUGCUGGGCCAAUUAAGAGGGUCUUCAGACGUCCGUAUUGCCGGCCAGUCGUCGGCCACGACUGCUGAUGGAUCAUCCUCAUCCGAGGAUGCCUACAGUAUUGAGGCUUUGGCAUUCAGCAAGGCCACGGCUACCGCUGCCACCACGGCCCAGCCUUCUCCUAUACUUCUGGCCACGGGUAACCUGAAUGGCAAGCUGCUGAUUUAUGAGGCAUCCAAGUUGCUGGCUAGAGGGUCCGGUCCGAGACACCAGGUGACGCUAUCUGCAGGGGCUACUCGGCUGGCCUGGCACCCCCUGGGCCUGCCUGUGGUGGCGGUGGGCCAGACUGAUGGAGUGGUGGAGGUCGUCAACGGCUUGACUGGUGAGAUCUUGUCCAAGUGCUUGGGCCACCAGGAGCAGAUACUAGAUGUACUAUGCGUGCCAGGCUUCGAAGAGGGUUGGUUCCGAGUCAUAUCGGCAGGUGAUGAUAACUGUAUAAAGAUAUUUGACCUGCAAGUUAUGGCUUGA